CUCAUUAUAAGAUCCCAAUCCAACCAACACGCUAAGUUUUCAGCCGAGUCUUUAGUCUUACGCUUCUUCUCAAUUCUAAUUGCAAAAGCGCUGCAAUGGCACACCAUCAAGAUGUUCACGUCGGUAUCGUGGGCGCAGGGAUUGGUGGCCUUGCCGCGGCCAUUGCCCUACGACGGGCUGGAGCCAAGGUGACUGUUCUGGAAGCUGCAAAGGAACUCGGCGAGAUCGGUGCCGGAAUUCAGAUGACACCUAAUGUAUCAGUGCUCUUGCAGCGGUGGGGUGUUGACACUGUGAUUGGCAAAAAUUUGGUGCAGUUUGAGGAAUUGAACAUGCGCCGAAAGGAUGGAACACUUGUUGGCCACACCAAAAUCCCAACCUUGGAACGCAGCCUCGGGCGUCCCUGGUGGGUUGUCCAUCGCGCUCACCUUCACGAUGGUUUGGCAACCGUUGCGCGUAGCUUGGGAGCCGAUAUCAUCAUUGACGCUCAGGUCACACGUAUUGAGUACCAAACUUCAGAUAAGGUGACGGUGGAGACAUACAGGCACGAGACUUACACUUUUGAUCUGCUUGUCGGCGCAGACGGGAUCAACAGCAUUACGAGAAAGACGUUGUUCCCAAAUGUCCACCCGGAGCCGCCGUCUACGAAUUGCGCAUACCGAGCUAUCGUGCCUUACGACAGAAUUCGAGAAGACCCGGUCGCCAGGGAGUUGAUCGAAAAGAAGACGAUGGAAGUGUGGAUGGCUGAGAACGCAUACAUCAUCACCUAUCCUAUCAGCGAUGCUAAGCUCUUCAACCUGGUCCUGUCACAUCAUCGCCCAGAGAAACUGCGUGCCACGCAGAAUGAUGUCCCAAUUGAAGAACUAUGGAACGAGUACAAGGAUUUUGAUCCUCGUAUUCAGCGCAUUGUCAACAUGAUCGACAAGACUUCUCGAUGGCCCCUUAUGGUCACCGGACCCAUGAGGUCGUGGUCUUCUCCUCGACAAAAUGUCGUGCUCAUGGGAGAUGCAGCCCACUCCAUGGUUAACCACAUGGCCCAAGGUGCGGCCACUUCGAUGGAAGAUGGUGCCUUCCUGGCUAGAUGCAUCGCCAAAGUCGUUGAAGGCAAAGUCCGCAUCGACCAGGCUAUCAGGGUUUACGAGGAAGAGCGGAUGCCGAAGGCCUACAUGAAGCAGCAAGUCUCGUACUUGAAUGGUGCCAUCUGGCACUUACCAAACGGCCCUGAGCAGCGCGCCCGAGACGCUGCCAUGGCGCCGGAGCUUGAAGGCAAAUACUACGUCCGCAGCAGCAAUCUCUACGGCGAUCCACAAACCGUCCUCGAAGUCUAUGGCUAUGAUGCCGAGGCUCACGCCGAGACUGCCCUGAACAAGUACCUUAAUGAAGGCAAGGAGCCCGCUCACCCCGAAACUGGCGUGACUGAAGCACUACAACGCAAAUACAUGGACUGGUUUGUGGCCCGGCAAGAGUCUCACUCAGAACCUCAGCUUCAGGCAAGGCUAUAAUUCUCCAAGCUCAACUGAGAAAGUUAGUUUGAGGUGUUUUUGGGGUGGCAGAUUAGCAUAGAUAUGUAUUUAGCUUCACCAGUAUUGCCAAAUUGCGCAAAGAUUCACUAUCAUCCUAAAGUGAAGCGUCAAAAUGUGGGCCUCUCAGACGGCUUUUGCUAGACGCAAAGGCGAUGGUGCGUCCAUUUGGAGUGAGUGAGGCACACGGCCAGGAGACAUGGCAAAUACUUCCAAUCUUGAUCUGGCGAGACAGAG